CAAAAUCAAUACCAAUAUGACUGUGGAAAGAUGGCACAAAGACUUAAAAUACAAUAGUGAUCUGCAAGGAAAAUGUGGAGGACGAUUGGACAAAGCUAUACACAGCUUAUUGAAAAAUUUAAGGCUAAAGGUAUUAAAUAGAUUGACUUCUAUUCAAAGAGGAAAACUAAAAAAAAAAAUGUGUGUAAUUAGAAAAAUGCAUAAAAUUGCUGAUAAACUGAAAGAACAUUUCCAAACAUUUAUUCAGUCAGAAAAUAUUUGGAUAAUCACAUCAUUGUCUGAAGUGGGAGAAACCUACAAAAUUACAAUAAAAAAUCUUGAUUCAGAACAUAAUUGCAAUUUGGCUUGCAACAUCUGUAAUAUAUGUCUGCAUAAAAUUACAUGCACAUGCCCAAAUUAUACUAUCAAAUACAACAUGUGUAAACAUAUUCAUGCAUUUUGCUUAAAAGAAAGGCCUUUUUCUAAUCUGCAACAAAAUGGAAUUUCUAAUUCUCCCAGUACUGAAAAGGGAAUUAAAGAAAAGCCUCAACAUGAAACACUAGAAAAUUUAAAAUCCAGUGCAACAUCUUUAAUAAUGAGCUUUAUACCCGAAAUUCAGGAAUAUUCUGAAGAACAGUGUAAAGAACUCAUUAAAGAUUUGUCAAUAUUAAAACAUAAAUGCAAAGCCAUUAAAGCUGCAGAAAAUUCUCAAAAAAGCCUUCCCCCGGUGGCUUCUACUUGUAGCAAUUUGAAAAAAAUUACACCCCAAAGAACAUUCCCUUUGAAAAAGAAAAAACUUGUAAAGAAAUUGCAAGCAAACUACAAGCAAGCUGAUACUUUAAGUAAUAUAAUUUUGUCAAAAUCUGAGACAUAUGAGGUACCAAGAGCUAAUACAGCCUCAGAUCACGCAUAUUUUAAAAAUUUGUAAUGAUUUGCCUUCUAAGUCAAAAAGAAAAGUUGAUUUUUAAAUAUUAUAUUAAGGGUUAUUGUAUAUUUUUUAUUCACAAUUUAUUGUGUAUACUUGUAGUUUCUAAAAUUGCAUUGCGAACACGGCUUCAAGGUUUCUCAAUUUUAAUGUAUGUACUUCUAGCUUCUGUUCCUUGAACGCUGAUUCAAGCUUUUGUAAUUUAAUAUGUAUAUUUCUAGUUUUUGCAUGAAAAUCUGAUUUUAAGGCUGUAAACUUUCAAGUUUGAAGUCAAGGUAAAUUAUAUAUGUUUACUAUCUGACUUUCUUUUUAUCCUGAUGUAAAU